AUGGAUGCUGCUGCUUCAUUAUCAAAAGGUCCCCUAAAGACCUCUGGUGGAGGGUCAGAAGUUGAAGAGCUCAUUCGACGACUUGGGCGAUUACCAGGUCUUGGGCCACGUUCUGGUCGUCGAGGCGCCCUGUAUCUGCUUACUCAUCGUGAAGAGGCUUUAAGGCCUUUAAUUCAAGCCCUAGAAAAGGCAUAUGAAAAUGUAUCAGAGUGUCAAACUUGCGGAAACCUCGAUACCAUUAAUCCUUGCAAAUUGUGCCGUGAUGAUCGCCGUCUUAAAAAUACAGUGUGUGUUGUAGAAACAGUUGCUGAUUUAUGGGCUCUUGAACGAACACAGGGCUAUAGAGGACACUAUCAUGUCUUAGGAGGGUAUCUUUCUGCACUUGAUGGGGUAGGGCCAGAGGAUUUAAAUUUACGUUCUUUGAAAGAGCGCCUUGAUACACACCCUAUUGAAGAAGUCAUCCUUGCUUUAAACGCAACUGUUGAGGGACAAACCACUGCCUACUAUAUCGCAGAUCAACUAAAAGAUUUUGGAGUCAAAGUGACUGCGGUUGCUCAUGGAAUUCCACUUGGCGGAGAGCUAGACUAUCUCGAUGAUGGAACUCUUUCUAUGGCUUUAUCCUCUCGCAAAGACUUGUUGUCUUUAUCUUAA